GACUAUGCUAAAUUGGUAAAACUACAAGAAUCCUUUUUGUUUCAACUUCUUGUGAACGUUCUAUGCUUUGCAUGCAGAUCAUUUCAUUUUGGUUGCCUCUGCAGAAAGAUCAAUCACUCAGCUGGUUUUCCUCUUCGGAGUUCGGAGUCUCUGUCUUUCCCCUGUUUGUUUCUCGAGAAAAGAAAAGAAGAUCUCUUCUCCGAAACUGGUGCAUGUUUGGACCUUUUACUCCUUUCUUGCUGAGAUUCUUCUGAAAGUAUGAACAGAAUUCAGUUACCAAGUCAAGAAACAGCCAACAUAACGCCCAGAAAACGACGCCGACGUCGCAGCAACGAUCCUUCAAGUACACCGCUUCCCAUUAGUACCCCGCCGACAAGGCGGCGUCGAUCAUGGAUUGACAGACGCUCCCGCCUUUUUCCACUCCUACCUCUAAUCCUAAAUCAAACAGAAGCAUGCAGCCCACCACCAACCAGCCCUCCACAUUCUCCCUGCAUAUUGCCCGAUGCCGAUGAAACACCUGAAAUCAGUCCUCCGAAUCCUGCUGCUUCUGCUUCUGCUGCUGUUGUUCCCCUUGCUCAACAAGAACAGGUCAACGAGAUCAUCAACUAUGGCCUCCCAACAGCAACCUGCGCCUUCUGUGGUGCACAGUUCUGGCACGAAGAACGCCUCAAUCGCCACAGAAGCAACACAGCCAACCCAAUCUUUACGCUCUGUUGUCAAAAGGGUCGUGUCAAGCUUCCACUACUGCGUCAGGCGCCAGCUUUCCUACACCAGCUCAUGGACGUCAAUGGCGGGCCAAUGUCAAGCCACUUCAGGGAGCACAUUCGGGCAUACAAUGCAGCAUUUUCAUUCACAUCGUUUGGUGCUCGCCUGGAUCACCGUGCAACAACGACGAGUACACGAGGGCGUGGUGGCCCUUACUCAUUUUUCAUUUGCGGCGAGAAUUACCAUCGCAUUGGAUCGCUUCUGCCCCCUGAAGGACAGACUCCGAAGUUUGCGCAGCUGUAUGUUUCUGAUCCUGAGACGGAGCUUUCGAAUCGGUUGGCUAACUUCUCAUCAGGAGGGCAACAUCGAUUGCUUCCCGAGAUCGUUGCAGGCCUCAUGGAAAUGCUGGACAAUACUAAUGAUUUGGUGAAGUCUUUUCGUCGGGUCCAGGCUGAAUUACAGGACCCUGCUGCAACUCAUAAUGUCAGACUGCGUAUUGUUGGUCCACGAAGUACUGCACUGCCUACUGGAAUGGAAGUUGCAGAAUUAGUAACUGGUGACUUCACAGCAGUUCGUGGCAAUCGUGAUAUUAUUGUUGAUCACCAGGCCGAGGGGUUGAGGCGCAUUACCAACCUAAAUCCCAAGUUCGAGGCACUUCAUUUUCCUUUGUUGUUUCCAUAUGGUGAGGAUGGUUUCCAUCCAAUGAUCAAAUAUUAUGGUCUUAAUACCCAGCCACCCAUCAAACGUCAACAUAUCACACAAAGGGAGUACUAUGCCUAUCGAUUGCAACACCGCCUUGAUGAAGGACAAACACUUAUGAGGGCUGGAAAGGCAUUGCAGCAUUACAUUGUUGAUGCAUUCUCAACUAUUGAGAAGAAUCGUUUAGCAUAUCUCCGUUCGCAUCAAAAGGAAUUACGGUAUGAAUUGUACCAGGGGUUGGUUGAUGCAUUUAGUAGAGGUGACAUAACAGGGGAUGGCCUGGGAACUGUCAUUUUGCCAGCUACAUAUACAGGAAGUCCUAGGUACAUGAAUGAGUUGUAUUUGGACGCCAUGGCUGCUUGUCAGUUCUUUGGCAACCCCGACCUCUUCAUCACAUUCACAUGCAACCCUCAGUGGCCUGAAAUUACUGAGGCAUUCAAGGAAUCUUGUGGUUCUAGAAGUGAACUCAAACCGGAAAUCGUUGCUCGAGUUUUCCACAUGAAACUGCAGGACUUGAUAGAUGAUAUAAAAAAGAACAACUAUUUUGGACGUGCUCUUGCAGUUGUCUACACUGUCGAGUUUCAAAAGAGCGGCCUCCCACAUGUGCACAUCUUGGUUUGGCUUGAAGCUUCUAGCAAGUUGAGCACUGUGGAAUCUGUUGAUGCUACAAUUUCAGCUGAAUUACCAGACCCACAGCUUGAUCCAGUUGGCUAUGAGGCAGUUUCGAAGUUCAUGCUACAUGGACCAUGCGGUGAUUCUAACCCUUCUUCACCAUGUAUGAAAGACGGUUUGUGCAGCAAGUCUUUCCCAAAGGCAUUCAACUCUGAAACAAUUAUUGAUAAGUUUGGCUGUACUGUUUACCGAAGGCGUGAUACUGGGGUUUCUGCAACAAAGGGUUUAACUGUUAUUGACAACAGCUAUGUCGUGCCUCACAAUCGCAAUUUGGUUGUUCGUUAUCAAGCUCACAUCAAUGUACAGGUUUGCUAUCAAGGGAAGUUAGUGAAGUAUCUAUUCAAGCAUAUCACUAAGGGUCCUGGUCGAUCAAUGGCUGUGGUCGAGAAUUCUGCUACAACAGCAUCAACAUCAACAGGCCCUCAGCCAAACCCUCCCCGUAAUGAGAUUCAACAGUAUAUUGAUGGUCGAAUGCUCUCAUCUUAUGAGGCUGCUUGGAGGAUUUUUCAGUUUUCCAUUCAUGAACGAACGACCCCAGUUCAGCGACUAUGCGUUCACCUCGAAGGUCGUCACCGUGUACCUUAUAUGAAGAGACAAAGCCUUCUUAACAUAAUGGCAAGGGACAAUGUUGACAAAACAAUGCUAACACAAUGGUUUCAUCUUAACAGGACGGAUCCAGUUGCCAGGUCACUUUUGUACUCAGAGAUACCAAAUAAGUUCAAAUGGAAUGAGCAAGAUUUGGUUUGGUCUCCUAGGAAGAAAGGAUUUGCUAUUGGUCGGCUUGCAUACAUCGGUCCAGGAAGAGAUGACACCUUUUAUCUCCGGCGGCUUCUCACAAAGGUCCGAGGUGCAUUAAGCUUCAUCCACUUGAGAACUGUGAAUGGUGUUGUAUGUCAGACUUACAAGGCUGCUUGCCGGAGAAUGAACCUUUUGUCUGAUGAUAAGGAGUGUUCUCUGGUUAUAACUGAGGUUAGCCAGUGGGGUAUGUCUUCGCUGCUACGAUCGUUGUUUGUGUCCAUGUUGAUGUUUUGUGAGCUUUCCGAUUCUGCGUUGCUUUUUGAUCAGUCAUGGGAACUAAUGGCUAAAGAUAUCACAUAUAGAUGCCAACAACAGUUGAUAUUCAGCAACUCGAGCAUUUCUGAGGACCUUCCACGGAACACCUUGCUUGCUGAACUUGAACGUCUGUUAAAUGGAUACUCAACUUCGCUUUCAAAUUUCCAUUUGCCGCUACCAACAUCAGCCUUACGCGAUCCUGCUACUAAUAUAUUGCUUGAGGACCAUCUUAAUUACAAAACAACUGAUGAAGAAGCACAAGCAGAUGAACUGAUGGCCUCUUUGAAUUUCCAGCAAGUCGAAGCAUUCAGUUGUAUCAUGAACUCAGCAACAAAUGAUCAUGGCAGAUUCUUCUUUUUACAUGGCCAUGGUGGCACAGGGAAGACCCAUCUUUACAAGGCAAUUGUAUCCAAAUUACGCAGCAUGCAUCAUAUUGUAUUGGUUGUUGCUUCUUCCGGCAUUGCUGCAACUCUUCUUCCCGAUGCACUCACAGCGCAUUCUUGCUUCAAGAUACCUCUGGAGAUAGACCACAAUUCAACAUGCACCAUACAUAAAGGUACUCAUCUUGCGCAGCUUCUGAUUCAAGCUAGCUUAAUCAUAUGGGAUGAGGCCCCAAUGGUACACCGCCUAUCAUUUGAGGCUGUCGACAGAACAUUAUGUGAUAUUAUGGAUGUACCGUUACAUGGAGAUGGUUAUAAACCGUUUGGUGGGAAAACUAUGUUGCUUGGUGGAGAUUUUCGACAAACUUUACCUGUUGUUCCUAAUGCUGGUCGUGAGGAAGCCGUUGACUCUUUACUUACACGAUCAAACCUCUGGAAAUUCUGCACUGUUCUGCACUUAUCCAGGAACAUGCGAAUUGACUCCUCAGAGUUGAAUAGCAUACCACAGUUUGAUGGAAAAUGCUUUGCUGAAUGGGUCUUGGCUGUUGGUAAUGGUGAGAUUGCAGCAACGUCAUUCAAUCCGAACACUCCUGCUGAUUGGAUUCCCAUUCCUUGUGACUUCUUGAUCCGAGUAAAUGGAGGACAUUGUCCGAUUGCAGAGAUGGCGGCAGAUAUUUAUUUUGAUUUCUCCACCAGCUUCCACAGCCCAUCAUAUCUGAUGAAUCGAGCCAUUGUCACCCCUACAAAUCAAAAUGUGACGCUCAUAAAUGGUCACAUGUUGACUAUGGUUCCAGGCGACCCACAUACAUACUUUAGUUCAGACAGGAUUGAUUCAGAUUCCACCCAACCUGAUAUACUCGCGUCACAAUACCCAGUUGAAUUCCUCAACACUCUUUCAUCCAGUGGUGUUCCUGACCAUGAGAUCAAACUGAAAGUCUUCACUCCGAUCAUGCUGCUACGGAACCUAAAUCCUGCCAUUGGAUUAUGCAACGGUACGAGAAUUAUGAUCACUCACUUGGGGGCUCAUGUUCUUAAAGGUGUUAUCAUGGGAGGUUCGUUUGCAGGAUCUACCGUUGCCAUUCCAAGAAUCAUUGUUAAUGUCAACGAUAGGAGAUGGCCAUUCAUACUAAAGCGAUGUCAGUUUCCAGUACGACUUUGCUAUGCCAUGACGAUUAAUAAGAGCCAGGGCCAGACAUUGGAGCGUGUUGGGGUCUUUUUACCCAAACCAGUUUUCAGUCACGGGCAGCUCUAUGUUGCUGUUUCAAGAGUUAAGUCAGCUUCUGGGUUGCGCUUUCUUAUCGUCAAUGAGCCAUCCGUUCCAUUUAACUACACGCGCAACAUUGUUUACCAUGAAACAUUUGAAGAUCUCCAUCCACCUGGUCAUCCUGCAAGUACUACUCCUUGAGGUAUGAACCCCAUCUGGUCUGCAUAUUGAUAAUCUGCAAAAUAUUUAUAGUUGCUGCUCAGAAUUCGGAAAGUCAUGCCUCUUCUUGGUACAGGUGAAUUGUUGUCCGCGCUAAACAGAUCCAGAAGGUAAAUUUCGACAGCUGCAAAACGUCAAUCAACGAUGCACUCAAUGGCCAAUCAGUUUCCUUGUUAUUACUUUGAUUGAUUAUAAUCACUUCAAGUGCCUCAGUAGUUCUGCACCAGUGUAGCCAAUUUAAACAAACAUCACGGUUCACCUCGAAUUGUCUAUAUGUCUGUAUGAUUCAGAAAAAUGUUCAUGUUUGACUACUGAGAGAAUGUAUUCAGGUACCAUCAUCAUCCCUUACUUGGUCAAUGUACCUCCUAGCCUGACAGUUGACAAAGAGUUUGGUGAGUUCCUUUUCUGGCUGAUGCUUGGCAAACUGGCUGAUGUAGGAUUAUGUGAUGAUCACACCAAGUAUCUACCAGUAUGUGCCCUAUGCAAUGCCGCAGAAUCCAUUUCGAUGCAAUCCAUUGGGAACUGGAAUCGAGCUCUCCAUAUCAGUGGUGGUCUAUUCUAUGGGGAAGAAGUAGCUACACAAAUUAAAUCCAGCUGCUACUGCUUCUGUUUGUGAAGUUUUGAUGCUGCCAUCAAUCGUUGGACACCCUGCUGAAUCAUCAUUGGACACCCUGCUGAAUCAUCACAGUUCACAAAGGAAGUUCGCAAAUCAAAUGGUGAUUUUGGUAGAUAAACCUUUCUUUGAGGAAGAGAUAGCGAAUUGAUAGCUUUGGUAGAAAAGGACUAUGCAAUGAAUGAUCAUGCAUAGUGAGAAACACAGACUGCACUUACCAAUUCCCAGCCAAACUAUCAAGCUCAGUUCUCCAAAGCCAGAAUGUUCACUGACCUCUGGAAAUCUCUGGACCAAAUGCAAAUCGGUUUGAAACUCAGCAUCCUAGUUCUUUACUCCAAAACCAAAUUUCUCUGUAAUUUCAAUUCCCUUGUGUUUCGACGACCAACCAAGAUAAGGUCCAACAUCUUCUUCCGAACGCCAUGAAUUGGGUUCGCCUCAACCAGACACCCUUUGGAAUAUGCUUCCCUAAGAAAAACGACUUGAGUUCUUCCCCUGGUUGAUAUAUAGAAAAUUCCAGGGUGGCUCAACAGCAACUCAGGUAUAUUCACUUCUAUACCAAAAUCCUUCUUAAAAUGUGAUAAUCUCUGAACAUCAACCAUCUUCUCCACUGUCAAGCUCAACAGCUCGUGUAUGUUCGCAACAGCACGUUUCUCGUCUCACACCACCACAGUCCACACUACUACUACUACUACUAACACCACCCACAAUCUCUGCUUGGUAGGGUUUCAAGUAAGAAAGCCUUUGUCAAUUC